AUGCUUUUCCCCGAAGAGCACGCUCCUCAUCUGAAAAAUUGGAUCGUCAAGCGGCUCGAGAACACAUCUGACGCUGACUCUGAUGUGCUGGCCGAUUAUGUGCUCGCCCUCCUCCGGCACGAUGGCGAUGUGAAUGAUGUGCGCAAGCUCUGUGAGACCGAGAUUCCAGACUUUCUAAAGGAAGACCCCGCUGCCUUCGUCAACGAUGUGUUCGAGGCCAUUUCAUACCGUUCCUACCUCCCCGGUGCCCCUCCCCCUCCUUCGAAGUCUGUGCCCGCGCCAGCUCCUCCGCCUGCUUCCCAGCCGCCUGAUGCCCUCUACUACGAUGAUACUCCCAUGCCGAGCGCACCGACCUACCAACCUGCCCCUAUCCACACCGGGUCAAGAAAGCGUGCUUACAACGACUGGGACGACCCCAACAACCAACCUGGGAGAGAUGGGAGUGAAUUUGUGUCGAGGAGCUUUAAAUAUCAGAAAAGAGGAGGUGCAUAUGGUGGCCGAGGAGGCAGGUCGGACGACUCAAACGGCUAUAGGGUGCCCAAUCCAUCGAACAUGCCCACCUUUCCUCCGCCGGGACAACCCCCCCUUCAAAGUACCCCUCCUGCGCCCUCAAGUGUCGGGUAUUUCGAUACUAGCGGGGCAAUGAACUCGAUGUUUGGAAUGAACCUUGGUGUCGCAAACUCAAUGACGGGCUUUAUGCCGGGAAGCUGGGGCCAGCAGCAACCUCAUAAGAAAAGGGCCAAGUGCCGUGACUGGGAACGCAAAGGGUAUUGCCAGCGCGGUGCCAACUGCAUGUUUGAGCACAGCAACGACCCGGUGUAUCCCACACCUAUGUUCGGUUCCAUCCCACCCGCGCCACAACCAGCUGCCGUCGAAGAGUACGAUCCCAAGAACGCACUUAUGUCUGGAUUCUCGAAUGGCUUCCACUCGCUCUUGGGUCGUCAAACACAAGGCUUGGACUCCGAUCAUCCGAAAUAUAAGGCUGGAAAGAACCAGAACCGACAGAAACGGGGCGACAAGGCCCCGUUUUCAGCUGAUGGUCCUGUCUUUGACAGGACAAAGUCUACUAUCGUUGUAGAGAAUAUCCCGGAGGAGAACUUCACCGAGGACCAAGUUAGGAGCUUUUUCUCACAGUUUGGCAAGGUGCUGGAGAUAUCCAUGCAACCAUACAAGCGCUUGGCCAUCAUCAAGUAUGACAGUUGGAGCUCAGCCAAUGCCGCCUACCAGUCUCCGAAGGUCAUUUUUGAUAAUCGUUUCGUCAAGGUUUUCUGGUACAAGGACGACGACUCUACCUUGCCGCCAUCAAUGUCCCUCCCUGGAAGCGCUCCCGUCAACAGAUCCCACAGCACUAAUGGUGCUUCGUCUGUCGGAUCUCAGGCUCCUAUGGGCCAGUCUCCGGUUGAUCUUGAGGAGUUCGCACGGAAGCAGGAAGAGAAGCAGAAGGCGUUCGAGGAGAAGCAGCGGAAGCGGGCAGAGCUUGACCGUCAAAAAGAAGAGCUUGAAAGACGACAACGAGAGCUCCUCGAAGAAAAGGCGAAGUUAGAAGCUAAGCUUUCGCGGCGGGACAGCGUCAGGUCGAGUCAAGCUGGAGAGAGCGUCAAUGGAGAUGAUUCCAAGUCCUCAUCAAAGCCCACAAGCCAAACAGAAGCGCUGCGUGCACAGCUGGCUGCUCUCGAGGCCGAAGCCAGGCAGAUGGGUCUUGAUCCAGACUCGAUUGUUGAAAGCCCUGCCUCCUGGCCUGCCGCUAGAGGCGGGUAUGGUUCUUAUGGCCGCGGCAGGGGUAGAGGCCCUUGGCGUGGUUACUCUUACUCCCCUCGCGGAGCUUCCAGGGGAUUAUUCCGGGGUCGUGUUAACCUUCAUGCUGCCUAUGCUGCAUACUCGAUUGAUAACCGGCCUAAGAAAGUGGUUCUCACUGGUGUAGAUUUCACUGCGUCCGAUAAGGAUGAGACUUUGAGGCAGUACCUUUUCGGCAUCGGCGAGUUUACCGACAUCCAGACUACCCCGACCUCAGCUGAGAUCACCUUCAAAGACCGCAAGACCGCCGAGAAAUUCUUUAACAGUGUUCUUUUCAACGGCAAAGAGAUCCCCGGCAUCGAAACCCCCGUCGAGCUGGCCUGGGGCACCAACAACGGCUCUACGGGUUCCGUGCCUACUACUCCAGGCAACACUGCUGCCAAUCUAACCACACCCACAGCGACAUCCGCUGGCGGCCUUGCCAAUCACGCCUCUUCCUCUUCAGCCGGCGUGUCGAACAUGACAAGCGGCGUAGGCGUAAAGAACACGACCCAAGCUGCUGAUGUAAGCGACAAUAUGAGCGCUGAGCCUGCGACUACUGCUGCUACCACCGCUGGCAGUGUCAGCGGGGGAGAGGGUGAAGACGCAGGAGCAAGUAGCAGCGAUAAGGACGUGCACAUCCUGCUCGAUAGGCCACCGACCGACCGCAUGCACGACAGGGAGCGUGACCAGAACGAGAUGGAUUAUGAAGUAGCGGAUGAGAAUCAAUGGGGGUACUGA